AUGUCAAAUGAGGUUAUCCUUUGUAUUUGGGAUCAAUUAUCAUCUGCUGAUGUCAUCUACAGCUUUUCAAAUCUUAACACUCGUAUUAAUACUUUAUUAUUAGAAUUUCAUGAACUUUACAAACAAUUAGAUUUACGUUAUUGUUCAUUGCCAGCUUGUCGUUUUCUUUGUCGUCAAAUACCAACUAUGAUACAAUGGCGUCUCGGUCUUACUGUUCUCAAAUUAGGUAGUCCUGUUCGAUGUUCUCAAAUGGAUUUAUUUGUAGAUGAGGUGGCAAAAUCAAUCGUCGCAAAUCAUUAUGAAAGACAAGGAAAAUCAUCUGAUAAGAUAUCGAAAGAUAUCUUUCGUAUUUUAAUAGCAUACAAGCACAUACAACCGAUAUUUCUUCAACUCGUUUCUUUGCAUAUUUUUCUAACUACAUCAGUCAACGAAGAUACCAUAAAUACACUGUUAUUGGCUAUAGCUGGUGGAUCAGCGAUGCGUACAUUUGCUUUGAAUUCUUGUGCCAAUCAAACUCACCAUUCAAGAGCUUUCUUCGAUUGGUUAUUUCGAUGUUCAAUCAAUCUCGUUCAAUAUAAAAUGCAAUCUUCGCAAAUUGAAGAUGGCUUUGAAAUUACAUACGAACAUACAAUUUUUAAUACUUAUGUUUCACAUUAUUCUCUUGUCUAUCUCAAAAUUAAUAUUCUCCAUUUAAAUACACUCUAUGUACUUCUUCAUUAUCUUCCUCAACUUGAGCAUUUAGGUAACAAUCAAUAUUCUGUAUCAUUAAAAUACUUGUAG